AUGCCGCUGACAUAUGGAAUUGACGAAGAAGAUGAGGAACUGUCAGUUGACGUUGUCCAAUUAAACAAUGUUGUGUUGGCUAUGCGGCCACUUAUUAAGAAAGCAAGAGUUUUAGUUCUCCGUGAGCUGGCAUCUUGCAUAAAACGACAAAAAUUGAAGCAAUCCAAGGCACCUGAGAAUAAAGGAAAACGCUUAGGUCGUAAAAUUGUCAACAAACUAGCAGAAAUUCGGCUUUUGAAAGCGUUAAACGACAUUAAAUUAUGCAAGCUAGUUUUGGCGAACGCAAAUCCUCACGAUCUGGCAAGUCUAGAAAAAGGAGGAGAAGGUUUGACGAAACAGGAUCGCAUAGUCAUUCGCCUUGCCGCUCGACCCGAAAUUGCUGAGUUCGUAAGCAACUUCCGUACGAAACACAGUGAUUGGCCAACUCUGGUGCAAUACCUGUUGUACAAAAACACCUCGGGAAAGUGGAAAACGCCGGAGCAGAAAAGAAAGACUAAGAAACGCCGAAAAGGCGAUCUCCCUUUCCCUUUGGUCGAACAGAAAGAUAUCAUGGACAAUCAAACUGCCUCUAGCAUUAAGCAGUUUAAAGCCUUUAAGGAGGAAAAUGACCGGAAGUUGAUAGCAGCCCAGAGGCGACUUUUGCGUGAAGAAGCAGAAGAAGAAGGCAAAAAAUUGGAGAUUGGGGAUUAUAGCAAGGCGGAGGAUGCCCACAGUAUUCAGUACGAUAACCCCGAAAUGAAGGCUUUUAUCGGCGAGCUGAUUGCUAAGAUGGACAGCGGUGAGGAUAUUGAUGAAUACCUGGUGCCUGGUGGUGGUAAUGGAGAUAGUAAACUUCUGGUUGGAGCCAUGAAAGCUGGGACUGGAGAUGGUUCAAUGCUGCAGGCAGAUGGAGCAAUGAAUUUGGCUGCUUCAACAAAGGGUAGGGAUCAUAAGGUGAAAAAGAUGGAAAAACAAAAGGUGGAGGUUGUUACGACUUCAAAAUCUACGGAGAAGGAAACACUUGGACCCCGCGAUUUGCCUCGAAAGCAAAAGCACAAGACGGAAGGUCAGGAAGCUAUGACUUCACCCUUAAAUUCUAAGGCCGAUGCCAACGAUGUGAUCCACGAGAUCAUCGUUGAACAGGUCGCCGAAGAUGGCUUCAACCAGGAGGAUGGGGAUGACAUUCUUGGUCGAGACGACGUCGAGAUGAAAAAGGAGCUUCGAGAAAGGAGAGCCAAGCCCGAAGGCGACGCUACCCACAGAGGGACGACCCAGCAGCGACACCACCACACCUUUAGGCGCGGCCGCGGUAACCCCUACAACCGCCAUGGCCCAGUUCCGAGGCGGAGAGCCCCGGGCACACCCGAGGCUCCGCUGCAUCCCUCGUGGGCAGCCAAGCGAGAACAAAAGGCACUCCAUUCCCUCAGGACAAAAGCUCUCCCGAGUGGGACCAGGAUUGUUUUUAAUGAUGAGUAG